CCCAUACAUAUACAUAUCUCCUGUCCUUCACCAUAACCUGACCCAUUCACUCCAAUAUUGGUGCCAGAGCUUAUUACUAUUUACACCCUCCCAUUCCUCCCUUCCCUCCUUCUGGGUCCCUUCCCCAGACUUGUCGAUCUUCGUCACCUUUAUUAUCUGCUGUUGCUCCCCCCAGAAUCUCUCGUCAGCAACACACAUUCCUCUCCACUCUACCAUACUGGAGUUCAACCCAUUACAACCAACCAUCACCGCCUCUUUGGCUUCUAACCUCAUCUCCCCAUCCACUAUUCACACACACAAUGAAGUAUACACGAUCUUCAGCGAUACCAAUGUUUCCACUCCAGGCCUGGAGUGGCAACGCGGCCAGUCUCAGAUCCUCCCCCAGUGAGGCAUCAACCAACACCGACCCGGUCGCCUUCAGCUUCGAUACUACUUGGGACGGUGGCUCGCCGAUUUCCACCCCGGCAGCCCCUCCACCUACUCCUCAGGACUCGCUACUCGAUAUUACACCCCGCAAGUGCUCCUUCUCUACAGCCUUUGGCAUGAGCAACGCUUGUGCUUUCCCCUCCUGGCCCAACCGACCGGCUCUGAUCAGCACGGAUACGGAAGUCUCGACUGGAAGCGCCUACAUCUCAGACGAGGAGCUUUGCUUCGACUUGACCCCCCAGUCGGAAUCCGCCGUGGAAGAAGAGUCAGCCGUACAGGAGUCCGUCCGACCGGGAGACUUGACAACUGAACAACAGAUCCAGAUGUUGCGCGCCGCCGCUGAAGAGGAAGCUCAGCGUGCCCGUUUCCUUGCCCAGGUCCAGGCGCACGCACGGGCUCAGCAAGCCAUGCGGGUGGCGCAGUUGGCAACCCAGGAGAAGGAAAACGCGAAGCGCAAGAAACGACAGGCUCUCCCGCAGAAGAAGCGGCGAGCUCCGUCGGCCACUAAGGUGGUGAUUCGUGCCUAGAGCUGUCAAAUUCGCCUUGUAUCAACAUUUGGCUUAUCAAUACCCCGCCGGUCUGAUCGCCCCACGUUGUCUUCACUGGUUUGUUAGCGCAGCACUGUCGAACGAUCGACAGACCAUGGACUUUU